UAUAGACCAGGUUGAUUGGGCUGCAAAAACGUUUACAUGUACGUGAGAAGUGCAAAAGUAACAUCCAUGUUAAUGCCAGGAUCCAGGUUUUCCAAGCUGAACAAUGCACUGUAACAUGAAUAGGCAAUGCCAGGCAUGGGUCCUCACAGUUGUUUUAAUGUUAUGGUCGAUCAGUUAUAUAUAUAACAGACAGUUGUCAGAUGGUUUCGACCAGAUUGGGGCGCUGUUCCCCAGCCCUACAUUCAACUGUGACGUCAAAAUCAUCAUAACAACCUUCACAGAUUUGACCAAGAGAGCAGUGAAUGAACAGCUCCUGGUGCUGAAUGCGUUGGGGUUUUUAAGAUGUGUCAGUUUCAGCUGUUUCGUUUGGGAAUUUAACAGAAGUCUUGGUUUAGGUUAAAAUUAUACGUGAGAGGGUUUUAAUUUAUGCUGAAGAAAACCAACAUCUGUAGCAACAAUGAACGGCUUAUUCGGCAUUGAACGGGGAAGGUACGUCGCGACUGUUCUUCUCUUCGUUGUGACAUUAAAAUCCACUUUAGCUGUAACACACUAUUCGGUUCCCGAGGAACUCGAAGAAGGCUCUGUCGUUGCAAAUCUAGCAGGAGAUUUGGGACUAGAUGUGAAGACGUUAGUGGAGCGGAAAAUGCGUAUAGAGAUCAUUGCCAACAGGAAGUACCUGGAUGUGAACAAAGAAACGGGAGAGCUGUAUAUUGUGGAGAGAAUUGACAGAGAGUCUCUCUGUCCCGCAAAAACGUCAUGUUAUCUGAAAAUGGAAGCAAUAAUUGAAAAUCCUAAACGGAUAUUUUACAUCGAAUUAGAGGUAAUGGACAUAAAUGACAACGCCCCUCAUUUUAGAAGAGACAGGAUAGAUUUAGAUAUUUCAGAAGCUACGCAGGCUGGUGAGCGUUUUUCUGUGAGCAAUGCCGUUGAUCCAGACGUUGGGUCUAACUCAGUAAAAACGUACCACUUGAGCGAAAGUGAUUACUUCACAAUAGAAAUUCAAACGGGGAGAGAUGGGUCAAAAUUUGCUGAUUUGAUCUUGAAAAAAAGUUUAAACCGAGAGCAGCAAGCUGUUCAUUAUUUAAUGCUUACAGCUGUAGAUGGCGGUGUGCCGUCUCGUUCUGGUACAGCCAGCAUCAUUGUUCAUGUUUUGGAUACAAACGACAACGCCCCCAUAUUUGAACAAGAGAGUUACCAAGUCAGCGUAAUGGAGAAUUCUCCAAUAGGAAGUCUCGUUAUUCAUCUCAAUGCCACAGAUUUGGACGAAGGGUCAAAUUCAGAGUUAAUAUAUUCUUAUAGUCUGUAUACAUCGGAAAAAACGCAGGGGACAUUUCAGUUAGAUCCCACCACAGGAGAAAUAACUGUAAAAGGUGUAUUAAAUUAUGAAGAUUUUAGAAUUUAUGAUAUGGAAGUAGUAGCAACGGAUAAAGGAAUCAGUGCAUUAUCAGGACAAUGUAAAAUCAAAAUUCUGGUUGAAGACAUGAAUGACAACCAUCCAGAAUUAUCUAUCAAAUCAUUUCAGAGUCCAGUGAGUGAAAACAUUGAAUUAAACACAGUGAUAGCUGUAGUUAGUGUCAGUGAUAAAGACUCAGGUGAUAAUGGAGUGGUAGAUCUUCAUAUUCCAGAUAACAUGCCUUUCAAACUGAGGGAGUCAUCUGAUAACUAUUAUGAAUUAGUGGUAUCAGAGCCAUUAGACCGUGAGAAGGUCCCAGAAUAUGACAUCACUUUCACUGUCACAGACAGAGGUUCUCCUCCUUUAUCUGACAAUGAAACUAUGACUUUAGAGCUGCUGGAUGUUAAUGACAAUGUUCCACAGUUCCCUCAGUCAUUUUAUACAAUACGUGUGAUGGAGAACAACGUACCUGGGGCCUUGCUCAGCUCACUGACUGCGUUUGACCCUGACCUCCAUGAAAACCAGUACCUAGUUUACUUCAUCAUAGAGAAGGAGAUCGCCAACACCUCCAUGUCCAUGCUGUUCUCCAUCAAUCCGGAGAACGGUAAUCUUUACGGACUGAAAACUUUUGAUUAUGAGAUCGAGAAGGAGUUUCUUUUCCACAUCGAGGCCAGAGACUCUGGAUCUCCUCCACUCAGCAGUAACGUGACUGUACACAUCAUUAUUGUGGACCAGAACGACAAUGCUCCAGUUAUUGUCUCUCCAUGGCGCGCACACGGCUCGGUGGUGGAGGAAAAGAUCCCAAGAUCCACAGAUAAAGGCUCCCUGGUUUCCAAGGUGAUAGCCUUAGACACAGACUCUGUGCACAACUCUCGGAUUACCUACCAGUUUCUCCAGGUGACUGAUGCUACCUUGUUCAGUCUGGACCAAUAUAACGGAGAGAUCCGGACUAUGAGGAUGUUCAGUUACAAAGAUUCCCGCCAUCACAGACUGGUUGUUGUUGCCAAGGACAACGGGGAACCUGCUCUCUCUGCUACAGUCACCAUCAAACUGUCCACAGUGGAGACCGCCAUGAAGGCCUACUCUGACAUGACUGAGGUGCCUCUGGAAUAUGACAUCUUUUCAGACCUCAACCUGUAUUUGGUCAUCGGUCUGGGCUCUGUGUCAUUUCUCUUAUUGAUCACCAUAUUGGUCACUAUUGUGAUCAAGUGUCAAAAUCCCAAGCCCAGUAAAACGGCUCCACCCUGCAGGAACAGUGUGAUUAGUGAGAGAAACUCCACCAUAGCAGACUCCACUCUGGUCUCCAACGAUGCCUACUGGUACAGUCUGUUCCUAGCAGAGACCAGGAAAGGAAAGUUGGUGGUUAGACAGCCUGUGCCAAAGGGCUCCAGAUACAUCGUGUCCAGUUUACCAAGAGGGACAGGACUGACUGAGACCAGUGACUCAGCAGCUUCUACUUUGCAGGUACAAGUGCACAUUCAUUUUACAGUAUUCAACAAUACUCACCAAGUUUACAUAAAAAAAAAAAAAAAAAAAAAAUCCUGUGACCAUAAAUAUUCUGGAAAUAGUUUUUCAAUCUUCGUCCUCAAAAUGCACCAAGCGUAAACC